AUCGAGGCCUGCUUGGGCAAUCCCAAAAUACGCGCGUGCAUAAGGCUUCAUUCUGGUCAGUGUUUGCACAGUGCCGACAUCAUGCAGCGAGCUAUGCAACCGACCGUAGUCCUCCUUAAGGAGGGCACGGAUACUUCGCAGGGCAAGCCCCAGCUCCUCUCAAACAUCUCCGCAUGUCUCGCCAUCGCAGAAACGCUCUCGAGCACCCUCGGACCUCGCGGAAUGGACAAGCUCAUUGUAUCCGAGCGGGGCGACGCACAAAUCACGAACGAUGGUGCGACGAUCCUCAAGCUGCUGGACAUCGUGCACCCCGCUGCGAGGUCGCUCGUGGACAUCGCGCGUGCGCAGGACGCGGAGGUCGGCGAUGGGACGACGAGUGUGGUGCUACUCGCGGCGCAGAUGCUGAAGGAGGUGCGGGGAUACAUCGAAGAGGGCGUGAGUCCCCAGAUCAUCAUGAAGGGCUUCCGUCAGGCGUGCCAACUGGCGCUGGACCGGAUAAAAGCCAUCCAGGUUACCGUUGACAAAAAGGAUCCAGAAAGCUUCCGUUCCCUCCUUCUGAAAUGUGCAUCUACGUCGAUGUCCUCAAAACUCAUCCACUCUGAAAAACCAUUCUUCUCGAACAUGGUCGUUGAGGCGGUGCAAUGCCUUGAUCAGGAGGACCUGGACGAGUCUCUCAUCGGCGUGAAGAAGAUUCCUGGCGGCGGCAUGCAAGACUCGCUCCUCAUCCACGGCGUUGCCUUCAAGAAGACGUUCACGUAUGCGGGUGCCGAGCAGCAGCCAAAAUCCUUCCGCGACCCUCUCGUCGUCUGCCUCAAUGUCGAGCUCGAGCUCAAGGCUGAGAAGGACAACGCGGAGGUCCGCGUCGAGGCUGUCUCCGACUACCAGGCGAUUGUGGAUGCGGAGUGGGAGAUCAUCUACAGGAAGCUUGAGGCUAUCGAAAAGGCUGGUGCCAGGGUCGUGCUGAGCAAGCUCCCUAUCGGCGAUCUGGCGACUCAGUGGUUUGCGGACCGUGAUAUCUUCUGCGCGGGUCGUGUUCCCACAGCCGACCUACAGCGGGUCGUACAAGCCGUCGGCGGCUCCGUCCAAUCCACUUGCUCGGAUAUCAGACGUGAGCAUCUCGGCACAUGCGGACGGUUCGAGGAGCGGCAAAUAGGAGGCGAGAGGUACAAUAUUUUCGAAGAAUGUCCGAAGGCGAAGACUUGUACCUUGAUCUUGCGCGGUGGUGCCGAGCAAUUCAUCGAGGAGGUCGAGCGCAGUCUGCACGACGCCAUCAUGGUGGUCAAGCGCGCCGUCAAGAAUGGCGACGUCGUUGCCGGCGGAGGCGCCAUCGAGAUGGAUCUGUCCGCCCAUAUUCGCAAACAUGCCCUAUCGAUCCCUGGCAAGCUCCAGCUCGUCAUGAUUGCCUUUGCCAAGGCCCUUGAAAUCAUCCCUCGGCAGAUUUGCGACAAUGCCGGCCUCGACUCCACGGACGUCCUGAACAAACUGCGCAUGAAGCACGCUAAUGGCGAGAAGUGGUAUGGUGUUGACGUCGACGGGCUCGAAGGCGUGCGGGACAACAUGGAGGCUUUCGUCUGGGAGCCCAGUUUGGUCAAGGUCAACGCCAUUAGCAGCGCCACCGAGGCGGCGUGCCUGAUUCUGAGCAUUGACGAGACGGUCCGCGGGCCACAGAGCGAAGCUCCAAGCACGGGGCCAAGAGCACCUCCCGGGACGGCGCAGCGGGCGCUGAGGGGACGGGGACGGGGAAUGCCCCGUCGGUGAAGGAACAGAGUCGCACGAAUAGUAUUGUAUCAAUAUUGCUUCUGGGAACUGUGGUUCUGACCAUCAGUAUUCAUUGAGCGAUCAUGUGACCGCGA